CCCCCCCCCCACUGUUGGUUGCCACAGCUGCAACAAGCGACGGAUAAACACCAUACAACAACGCAUGCCUGUGAACACUUAAAACUGAAUAUUACAUCAGCAGCAGAGUACUUGCAGGUGCAACGUCGGAUCGCCGCAGUUUUUAUUUUUGGGUGUUACCACCAACACGAUCGUUCAACUCGGCCGACGACGACCGGCAGCAAUGGCAGCGACGAUCAUAGAAACUUUACAUCUGCUCAAUAGAAACACGCUGAUAGUUGUCAGUUAAUGGCUAAUAGUGUGCAUUUAUCGACGGUUCCGGCUGCCUCGGUGCCUUUAUACUAAGUGACUGCUACGUGGUGCCUUCCGCAUUUGCUCAAUUACUGUGCCCGGUGUAUUUUAGUGUAAAACAACACGUACACGACGUAGUGAACGGCGCCAGCUGACAACGACAAUAAACUGAAGUGCCAGUGUGUGCAGUUUGUGCUAGUAUCCCAGGAGAAGUAAUAUUGGUACGGAACAGUGAUGGCGAAAGUUGGUGACGUGGAGAUCCGGCCAGCCCAGCAGGGCUUCCGGCGGGAAAGCGAUGAGGGCAAGGCCGUCGAAGGAACCUCAGCCGAUGGAGGGGACAGCAGUAGUGGCGGGAUUAAAAUGAAGAAGGAGCUGGGCCUGAUGGAUGGCGUCGCGAUCAUUGUCGGUGUCAUCGUUGGGGCCGGCAUUUUCGUCUCUCCCAAGGGCGUCCUGCUGUACUCGGGCUCCAUUGGGCAGGCCAUCAUCGUGUGGAUACUGUCCGGGGUGCUCAGUAUGGUCGGUGCACUAUGUUACGCCGAACUCGGAACGAUGAUUCCCAAGUCGGGUGGAGAUUACGCGUACAUUGGGGAAGCGUUUGGGCCGCUACCGGCAUUUCUGUACCUCUGGGUAGCCCUGCUGAUCCUCGUCCCCGCUGGCAACGCCAUUACGGCGAUCACGUUCGCGCAGUAUUUGCUGCAGCCACUGUGGCCCACCUGCGAGCCACCGUAUGAGUCGGUUCGUCUGCUCGCCGCCAUUAUCACAUGCUUGCUUACCGCCAUCAAUUGUCGUAACGUGAAAUGGGUCACCCGAGUUACGGAGACGUUCACCGGCAUGAAGGUGCUGGCGUUGCUGGUUAUCACCGGCGCUGGUGCGUGGCAUCUGAUGAGUGGCAACACGGAACUACUGGAAACGCCCUUUGCCAAUUCGAAGCUGCAGCCAGGAUUCAUCGCGGUUGCGUUCUACAACGGGUUGUUUUCGUACUCCGGCUGGAACUAUCUCAACUUUGUCACCGAAGAACUGAAAGAUCCUUACCGAAAUCUUCCACGAGCGAUCUGCAUCAGCAUGCCCGUCGUUACGAUCAUCUACGUGGUUACGAACAUCGCUUACUUUGCCGUGUUGCCUCCCGACGAGAUGCUUUCAUCUCAAGCCGUUGCGGUGACAUUCGCGGAAAAGAUGCUCAGCUUCAUGGCCUGGACGAUGCCACUGUUUGUCGCUUGUUCCACCUUCGGCUCUCUGAACGGUGCCAUCUUCGCCUCGUCACGACUGUUUUUCGUCGGGGCCCGAAAUGGACACCUGCCAGCGGCACUUUCGCUGAUUAACAUCAAUUGUCUCACGCCAAUCCCUUCGCUGCUGUUUCUGUGUGCCCUUACGUUAAUUCUCCUGUUCAUCCGGGACGUGUUUGCGAUUAUCAACUACGUGAGCUACGUGGAGAUUCUGUUCAUCUUCAUCUCGGUGGCCGGUUUGCUCCGCUUACGACAGACGGCGCCCGAUCAACAUCGACCCAUUAAGGUUUCCCUGGUAGCACCCAUCGUAUUUCUGCUGACGGCCGGAUUUUUGGUCAUAUUCUCCGUGUUUGAGUCACCGAUGGAGGUUGGCAUUGGCACGCUGGUCAUACUUCUGGGCAUUCCCGUGUACUACAUCACCAUUGGCAAACCCUGGAGCUGGUUGACGCAGAAAUCGCAAGCGUUCAACACAUUCUGCUGCAAAUUGUUCCUGUGCAUGCCGAACAGCGAGAAGAUCGACUAGAGAUGUGUUUUGCUUCCAACGGUCAGUCGCAGGGGAUGGAUUGGAAUUUGUUUGCCUAUAUUGGUUACAGAACUCGUCUGCCGAGGUGUGGAUAAUUGCAUACACCACAUACUUAAAAGUUUAACCCGCCGUUUUUUACCAAAAUCAGUGCUCUCUAGUGGGAAAAGUUUGAUCUUUGGAUUUAAGUCGGUUUCGGUUAAAUUUUGAUCGUAAAUGCAUCACCAAAUGUCGGCAAAUUCUGUGUCCAGCAGCAACAGCGUUGCAAUCCAUCCCUGCGGAACCACAUUAUUUGUCCAACGCUCGAGACAAGGUAUCGUUUGCUCUGAGCGUUUAAAAAAUCUCAUCCAUUUCGCUGCCGUUUUGUCAACAUAUCACCACUGAACCACUGUACAUAAACUCAGUAUCUCCGUAUUCCGUGGGGAGGGCAUGAAAUCAUAAAGCUAGAUUCUAGUGCGUUAACGUGGAAGGGUAGCUUUAUGCUUAAAGCGAAAUACUAUAGGCACAGUGUAGGGCAAACAAAACCGACAACCUGUGUGACCAAUUAAGGCCUUGUUAAAAACGCUUCUCCGCGCGUUAAAGCUCUCAAGCAUAGCAUAAGUGAGUCAGGUAUGGGAGACGACAGUUUCGUGUGAAGAUUUCAUAACUAUUAAGUAAAGUGAACAGAAAACAAAACGACGGGAGCGCAGGCACAAAAGUCACCGUAGGGCUGCACAAUGUAUGAGGAAGAAAAUAAGUGUUGCCUGAUUGUUACAGGCUGUAUCGCUAACGCUUUUGUAAUACGCUAUUAAAAAGCUCAACAGGAAUCUUAGCUAGACAAUUGGAAAACCAGAUAGGGGAAAGGAGUGAGACAUUACAAACAAAAGCCAAGUAUAUGCACCACCCUCGUGCAACACAGCAGAACCACACAGUGCGAGCGUUUCGAAGACUGUCGUCCACUAUUUUGAAACAGGGGAUUUUUUUAAGAAUAUUUUUCGACUGUAAGUGAUUUGUAAUUUACUUCUUAUAAUAAACCAUCGUUUAAUGCA